UACCUCUGAAGAAAUAUAUAUUUACAUGUUGAGUCAAAAAAUAGAUCAAAUAGAGUUAUAAUAUACAUAUUAAUGGUUCUAUUGUCCUGAAAUGACUGUAUAAAAUCCUAAACUGUCUAGAUCAUUAUAGCAUUGAAAAAAUGAAUUCUAAUUGUGAUAUUAUGAACCAGAGACUGCAUCAUAGAGGACAAAUCGAUGUCAUAGAUAUGCCAGUGAAAUUAAAUAGCAGUUACAAGUAUUUCUUUGUCUAUGAAGAUCAGAUAUCUAAAUUUGUUGUGCUACAAAGUUUGCAUGAGAAUACAGCAAGGGCAGUUGCAACAAAACUUUUAGAUAUAUUGGUAAUUAUUGGAGCACCACAGGUCUUACAGAGCAAUAAUGGACGUAAAUUCGCAGAGCAAGUUGUACGCGAAAUACGCUUUUUGUGGAAAGAUUUUGUUAUACUACAUGGAGAAAUCUCUCAGAACAAAGAGAACAGCAGAGAUUUUAAGAACUUGCUUGAAUGUUGGGCACAGAAAAACCCUACAAGAACAUGGUGGGAAGCUUUGAAACAAGUACAGAUUUUUCAAAAUUCCACAUUUCAAUGUGAAAAUGGAAGGAUUCCUUAUGAUAUACUAUUUGGAAAAAACGUGCAUGAAGAAUUUCAAGAAAGAAUUACUGCAAUGGAUAUGAUAGAAAAUGUAUGGACAGAAGAAGAGUGGAUUAAUCUGACAUGUAAUACAAGUAUUAAUAUUGAAAUGGAAGAGACUGAAAAGUUCACUGAAUGUUCAGACCUCCAAGAAAUCAUAGAUCUGGAUAGUUCAAGCGACUGUGACAGUGAUUCUAAUAGGGAGGUCACAACUGAGUCUCGAGGGGAUCCUCUCAAUUUUAAUUUUGUUAAUGUUACAAGCGCACCAAUAAAUAUGCAUACAGAGUUUGAAGAUGAAUCGGCAAUGGAUGAAAAAACGAGCUCGGUUUCUGAAAAUCAAUAUUUGAAAUGCAGUAUCUGUCAGAAGCAGUACAUCAAAUUUGGUCACUUGAAGAACCACAUGAAAUCACAUACCAAAGGUAAAAAAUUUGAAUGCAAUUUAUGUGACAAGACUUUUCAAUUUUUAAGUUUAUACGAAAAACACGUGCGACAAUCUCAUAAACAUAUUAAGUUACCUACUUUGAGUAGAACGAGACGAGGUAAAAUACAAGAGGAAACAAUAUCGGAAGCGACGCCAGAACAAUUAAAUACCUCUUCGGAUGUAAAUUUAGAUGAAAAGAAAUCUAAUAUUACGGACGAAAGUCCUAAAGCAUCGAAACGUUUGUCUUUUCUUAAGGAAAGGAAAAAGAUUGCCUCCGAGAAAGUAGAUAACGGCGACUCAUCGUUGGAAUGUACAUACUGCAAACAAAAAUUCAGCUUCCCUAGUGUAUUGAAAAGGCAUAUGCGAUCUCACACGAACGAGAGACCGUACGUCUGCGAAAUUUGCAGUAAAAGCUUUAAGCAAUUAGGGCAUCUCAGUCAGCAUACAUUAACGCACACGGAUUACCGUUCUUUCCGUUGCGCGGUGUGCGGGACAAAGUUCGACUCUCUGAGCGCAUUGAAGGCACACACUCAGACGCACAAAGAGGAUUAUAUCUCGAAACCGAAAGAGUCCUUCCGUCUAUUCGAAUGCGAUAAUUGUAAAAAGGUGUUCACUACUAAAAGUGUGUUAGAGCGACAUAUACUUACUCAUUCUCACGAGCGUCAGUUUGCCUGUGCCGUAUGUGGGAAAAGAUUUAAACAGGCAGGACACGUGAAGUCCCAUAUGCUGGUUCACACUGGUGAACGGAAGUUCGAGUGCACAGUUUGUAGUAAGAGAUUUAGUCUUUCGAACUCGUUGAAGAAACACAUGUAUGUGCAUAACGGGGAGAAGCCGUAUCAGUGCGACGUCUGCGGCGCGCGAUUCCUUGAAAAGAGGAACCUGAAUGGCCACCUAAUGACCCAUACGAACGAGCGUCCGUUCCGCUGUAAAAUUUGUGGAAAACGGUACACAUUGGCGGACACUUUGCGUCGUCACAUUAGCGCCGCCCACGAGGAUGGGCGUACGUACCAAUGUGAGAUCUGUGCGAAAAUGUUCAAGCAAUUGGCUCAUCUCUCCGUUCACAAGAAAGUCCACAAUGACGAAAGGCCGUUCCAAUGUCACUUGUGCGAGAAAAACUUCAAACACAAGAAUGUUCUCAAGUCUCAUUUAGCUAUUCACGCGAAUGUAAGGCCGUUUGAAUGCGACGUCUGCAAGGCUACCUUCGUAAGAAAGACCAAUCUACAGACGCACAUUACAUCCGCUCAUAUGAACGAGAGACCGUAUGUCUGUAGCAUUUGUGGAAAACGGUUCAAACAAAUUAGUCAUCUGAAUGGUCACGUAGUGGUGCAUAGCAAUUUAAUGCCUUAUCAGUGCGAUUACUGUGAUCGACGGUGUAACAGGCUUGACAAUUUAAAGAAACAUAUGCGUCUUCAUACGAAAAACAAAGAAGUAUCAAUUUUAGGCGAAUGAUCCCUCGUAAUCGUUUUGUAGAAGGCAGAAUUUUUGCGACUGUUUCGAUGUAAAAUAUUCAUUUUAAGAAUUUAAAUCUCGAAUAUUCAAACCCGUGUGUAUUAGUAAUUAAGAUCUCUGGAUGUCAGAAGUUGCUGUCUUCGGUCGCCAAGCAUUGUAAUUUGUAUCAACCCAUAAUAGAUUUAAUUUAACAAAUUCUGUACCUUCUACUAUUUAGGGAUAGUAAUUACAAUUAUAGACUAUGAAUAUUUUUAUAUAUCGAGUAAAAUUUCGCAACAUAUAUACAGCGAAAACGUUGUACUAUAUUGCCCCUGUAUUUUUACUAAUACAUAACUCCUAUUUGUUUGUAAGACUUCAUAUAUUCUGAAAACGAUAGAUAUCAGCAUGCUGUAUAAUUGUACAAAUACUAUAGGUAAUAACUUUUUAAUUGACAUGAAGAUUGUAUGACGCGUACGUAUACAAGUAUGGAUAUCGAUAUGUAUUCGAAUGAUUCAACAUGGUAUUGUUUUUUAAAUAAAUAUU